AUGUAUUUCUGUCCGCAGUGUGCUAAUCUGCUGUUGAUUCAAGCAGGAAAUGAAGGCAACGAAUUAUUCUGUCAGUCCUGUCCAUAUAUCUGUAGAGUUGAAAAGUCAUUGAAUAAAAGACUCGUUUUUACUAGAAAGGAUGUCGACGAUGUUUUUGGUGGAGAGGGAAGCUGGGAAAAUGUCGAUCAAACGGAUGCAACAUGUCCCAAAUGUGAACACAGUCGUGCUUUUUUCAUGCAAAUCCAGAUUCGAUCGGCUGAUGAGCCCAUGUCUAUCUUUUUUAGGUGCUGCAAGUGUGCGAACCAGUGGCGUGAGGGAUAG